AUGAGCUCAGAUGUAUUUAUAGAAUUUGAAGGUACAGUACACUGUGAAAAUCCAGAUUGUGUUGCCGAUGUCAAAACCUGUGCCAUCUCAUUCCAGAUGGGAGUUUCUCAAAUCGGAGCAAACAACAACACAGCUACAUGUUUGAAGGUAAACGAGUUUUUAGAAUGUUUAGAUCGAGUAUUACAACCUUGUGAUUUGGCGACAAGAACCUCAUUAUUAGAUGCAAUGAACAAUUUGAUAGACAGCUACAAGCGGCCACCGUAUAACUGUGUUUUAUGUAAGUUUUUAUAUUUGAUUUUGUAUUAUAAACCUUUGCUGAUAAUUUCACAGUUCCUCAAUGUACUCUACAGAUUGGUUCUUGUUCAGCUUGGGACUUACAAUCUGAAGCCUCUACGAUUCCAGAGGACGCUUGUAGGAAUGAUUGAUAUUGGAGGUUGUGAUACGACGACAUUUCCAUCAACCCUUGUUCCCACAACUCCUCGAACCACCACCGUCGAUUAUGUUACAAACCUAGAUACAGAUGCACCACAACAUACUACUGAACAAUAUCUGUAUAAUUCUACCAACUCCUGGACAGAUAUCAAUGAAACUAACUCAUGGAAUUCAACAACCAGACAAAACAUUCUCAAUAACAACGAUACCGAUUAUCGCGACAACAUGACAACAGAGUCCAGUGUUUUCAAUAAUAACAAUGUAACAGAAUCUCAUAGUGACAAUGCUACAACAAGAAUCAGCGCUGUAUUCAAUAACAACAGAACAACCACUACCGAGUCAGAUUAUCAACCAUAUAAUUACACCGCCUAUGAAGUACAAUCAAAUUCUACUACUACCACUGCUGAAAUCCCGAUAACAGAAACCAGUGAAAGAGUAGAAGAAGUUCCAUCCGCUACAACUACGCUUAACUCUGACGUACCGUCUGCUGAAACGUCAACAGUGUCUGCUUCAUCAGGAAAGCCAUUUAGAGCCUCGGCUGGUGAUGAUAAAACAUCAGACGUUACAGAACCAGGCGACUCUGAAGAAACCACAACAAGCAAUUUUGAUAGCCUUGGAAAUAACAACGCCUCCAUGAUGACGAUAUCUGGUUUACUGUUAGCUAUGAUCGUAACAUUGUCUACAUUGUUACAUUAAUUCAACCGAUGUGAAUCCCGAUAGGGGAAGGGGGGGUGAUGGUGAAUUAAGGUG